UUUUGAAAGCAGUAGUAUCACUCCAGUUAAAUGCUACUUGAAGUAAUUAUGAUUUCUUUAUCUUUCGUAGCUAAAUUAUGAAAAAAUGUGAAGAAAUGGAAGUUGCAAAUUAUACCCGGGUGACAGAAUUUGUCCUCACUGGCUUAUCCCAGGCACGAGAGGUUCAACUAGUCCUGUUUGUUUUAUUCCUCUCCUUCUACUUGUUCAUUCUUCCAGUAAAUAUUCUUAUUAUUUUCACUGUCAGGCUUGACUCCCAUCUGACCUCACCCAUGUAUUUCCUAUUGGCUAAUCUGGCCUUCCUGGACAUUUGGUACUCAUCCAUUACAGCCCCUAAAAUGCUCGUAGACUUCUUUGUGGAAAGGAAGAUCAUUUCCUUUGGUGGGUGCAUUGCACAGCUCUUCUUCUUGCAUUUUGUGGGGGCUUCAGAGAUGUUCCUCCUCACAGUGAUGGCCUUUGACCGCUACGCUGCCAUCUGCCGCCCUCUCCAUUAUGCUACGAUCAUGAAUCGGCGUCUCUGCUGUAUACUUGUGGCUGUCUCCUGGAUGGGGGGCUUCAUUCAUUCUAUAAUACAGGUGGCUCUCAUUGUUCGACUUCCCUUCUGUGGACCAAAUGAGCUAGACAAUUACUUCUGUGAUAUCACACAGGUUGUCCGCAUUGCUUGUGCCAAUACCUUUGCGGAGGAAUUAGUGAUGAUCUUUAGCAGUGGUCUUAUUUCUGUGGUGUGUUUUAUUGCUCUCCUCAUGUCUUAUGCCUUUCUCCUGGUCAUGCUCAAGAAACACUCGGGCUCAGGUGAGAGCACUAACCGGGCCAUGUCCACCUGCUACUCCCACAUCACUAUUGUGGUGCUCAUGUUUGGACCAUCCAUCUAUAUUUAUGCUCGCCCAUUUGACUCUUUUUCCCUAGAUAAAAUAGUGUCUGUGUUCCAUACUGUGAUAUUCCCUUUACUUAAUCCCAUCAUCUACACACUGCGAAACAAGGAAAUAAAAACAGCCAUGAGGAAGUUGGUCAGCAGAUAUAUUUUAUGUCAAGAAAAGUAAAAGGUAAGUGGCAUAUUCUGGAAUCUUUCUGAGGCUCUUGUCCUAAAGUAGGAAACAUUUGCUGCUGUCAC